UAAAUAUUCUGUUAGUUAUGGUCCAGUGAUAUGAAUGUAUGUGCUCUUCUUUAGAUUGCAUGCUAACAGUGGUUCAUUGUUGGUAUCAAACGCUGUACACACAGAAGGUUAGCAGCUGCUUGAAAAACGAAAACCUGUAUCGAAACCAAAAAUUAGUUAGCAGCUGAGCAUACUGCACAGGCGUACAUGCUAGAACAAUAAUUAUAUGCAAUGUUUUCCCCAGAAAAUACAUACGCAGUGGGGCAUAAGUGCCAGAGCCGCCCAGGUAACGUUUUUGGCAUUAAGUUUUAUAAACCUUUGACAUAUUAAUUUGUGAGGGGAUCGAGUGUUGCGAAUAUAAAAGUGCAUAAAGUUGUUUUUUAAAUUCCACCCUUACUUUUUUGGUGAAGUGUGGCGCAAUAUCCUGCUUCCCUGCUUUAGAGUAACCACUGUUCAUAAUACAUGCAUGAAUGUGCCUAUAGAGGUGCUAUCUUUGGUGCUUUCCUUUUAGACAGGUCACAAUCUGAGCAUAAUUAUUCGAUUAGUUCACUUAUGCAUUAGGUAUAAGUUUUUGAUUACGAACGGUCUGGUGUAGGCUCACGUUCCUCACUUAGAGUAACUAACUCUUAUCCAUUUGAACGAUUAAUAUUCAUUACGAAAACACGGACAUGUUUGUGGUAGAGUUACUUUCUGUUGUGUAUUAAAGCAGACGCUAUUUAUUGUUUUGUGUCAGUAUGAAAUAUCUUAUGUCUUGCCUUACAAAGUACUUAUUGUUUAGCAAUGCAGUUUAGGCCUAGAAUGUGUAGCUACAGUCUGAGAUGGUUCUACUCCAAGGGAGCUCUACUGGUCUUAAUUUGGACUAUUCUCGUGAUGGUAGCUGCCAUUACUUUGAUUAUGUUUUUGUUUUUUGAUUCGUUUUUGACACAUGAAAAGCAUGUUUGGAAGUUAAUUUUGGGUCUUCCACUUUGCUCAUAUCUUGUGUUUGCUCCUUUGUCUGGGUGGCUGGCUGAUGCGAGGUUCGGGAGCUACAAAGUGAUCAGAGUUGGAUUUGUCUUAUUGUUUGUCUCAUCAAUUUGCUAUUGUGUUCUUGGUGUUGUAGUAUCUGAAGGAGUUCCAUUCAAUUCAGUUUUUGUGAAUGUUUUGGUUAUUUUAUCAUCCACUGUUACUGGCAUAGCAGUAUCUGUUUGCUUAGUUACUUCUAUUCAGCUUGGGUUGGAUCAAAUGCCUGAUGCCUCGAGCUCUAACAUUACCAGCUUUAUAGCUUGGUUCAUUUCUUGUAUUUGGUUUGGACUUUGGUUUUCUAAUUGUCUGUUCAGUAUUAUUCGUGCUUGCAAUGCUCGUUCCAUGUUGAUGCAGUUUUUGAGCCUUGUUCCAGCUUUGUGUAUGGCGGUUGUGCUUAUCCUAGAUUUUGUAGUCGCCCCAAAAUUGCUCAUUAUUGAACCGAAAUCACCUCAGUCCUUGAAGACCAUCUACCAAGUUCUCAAGUUUGCUGCCAAGCACAAGGCUCCCCUCAAUCGCAGUGCUCUCACCUACUGGGAGGAAGACAUUCCUUCAAGAAUGGACCUGGCAAAAUCACGAUACGGAGGACCAUUCACUACGGAACAAGUUGAAGAUGUGAAGACUUUCUUUAAACUGUUCAUUGUAACUCUGCCUCUCUGGACUAUGAACAUUUCUCUCGCACAAACAGACUCCUUUUUUAACGCAACAGCUGUUGAUUUAUUCUCCUCUGUUUGUUUGAACCAGGUUGCUUACUACUUCACAUACCAUGCUUUUUGGUGUUUGCUGAUCUGCAUUCUGUUGUACGAGUUCACCAUCUACCCGUUCAUCAAACACUAUCUACCCAGUAUCUUGAAGCGAAUUGGAAUUGUACUGUUUUGUGUGGUCCUCGUGAAUGCCAUAUUUCUAACAUGCACUAUUCUCGUUUACUGCGGUGUAAUCAAUUAUAACUCUGUCUUCUCGUAUUCGAAUAGGAUAUGCAUUUAUCUUUCUGUAAGUGCUUUAUUUACUUCGUCGCUGGAGUUAGUGUGUGCUCAAGCUCCAUACAGCAUGAGAGGACUAUUCUCUGGCUAUGUCGUCUUUAUGACUUCUAUAAUGUCAGGAAGUGUAGCAUUGCCCUUAAUAUCAAAUAUGAUUUGUGGUCGGGACUGUUCAAAUCUUAUCUGUUUUUCUGUCAAGCUUGCGUCUAGUUUGGUUGGAUUCAUUUCUCACUGCUUCUUGGCUCGCUGGUAUAAGAGGAGAGUGAGAGACGAUGGUUUUGUGGCUCAGAGAAUUGUGGAGGAAGUCUACGAUCGAUACCUACAAAGCCCGCCAUGAAUCACGAAACUAAACUUUUUAGGUUUUGUGUGAAUACGUAUUUUAAGUUGUACAGUUUUAGUCUUUAGAUCGUGAGUUCAUAAUUAUUAUAGUGAAUUAGAUUUUGUGUGUCUGUAUUGUUUUAAACGUAGCACAGUGUAUAAGCUUUGAUGGAGAACUUACAUGUGUGUGCAUGUGCUAGUAAUUUGUAUUGAAUUGUACAUACUUUAAGAUUAUACAUUAGUCUAUGGUAACGAAGGGUGCGUAUGCAAGCAAGAAAGCUGGAGGCCUAGAUAUUCUGAUUAGUGUACAAUCUUAGUAUAGUGUGCUCACAGUCACA